AGCACAAUGGCGGGAGCCACUAGUGGAGCACACGAUCCUUCUGCUGACCGAGUUCUACUUCAAGCACAACAAAUGAUCACUUACAACUAGGGUUCACAACUUUAUGAUAAUAGUUUAAUGAUUGAGAAAAUGAACGAAACAUGUUGAGGAGAGCGAGAGGUGGAGAAUGAUGGACUCAUUAAUGAAUCCACCUCACUUUGCUAAGCCUCAGUUUUAUGCUCAACGAAGUCCUUCCAUUGCCUUUGUUGCCAGCGACCUACGCCGUUUUUAUCUGUCCCCUGUAGAACCGGCGUAGUUGUGAUUACAGAGCCAGCUGUAUUUGCAUCUUUUUGUUUUCUAGUUUUUUUGUAGGUCGAUGCAUGUAAACGUAUGUAUGAUGUAGUUUUUUUCGCAUUGCCUGGGUGUGGGCUAGCAAGUGGAACCACGGGAGAUAGCUAGCACCAAGAUCAGCGAACCCAUAGAUGUACACCCCACCACUUGAGUUUCGCCACGACAGGCAAGGUUUUGAUGAUUUUGGACUUUCUUCGUCAAUCUCAAUACACACAAUCAGAAUAAUGAUAGUUGUAAGUCAAUAAUUCAUACAGAACAACAGCUCAAGCUACAGCUGUACUGAGCUACUCUAUGGUGCAUCAUUAUCGAUAGAGAGGUAGUGCGUCGCACACCUGAAUCAGUUAAGUUACACGUUUUUUUACAUAAACUAACCGUGUCGUUCUUGCCGUAGCUUGGUCUAUCUUGCUUUUCUUUGAGGUUGUUGAUGUGAUGUCUUCAUGUUUUUAGACCAUGAGCAAGAUCGGUUAUCAAUACAUUUUGUAUCAAUCGGAGAUUGUACUUUUAGCCCACGAUUUUACGAAUAUGCCCGGUAAAUAGCUAGUCAUCUUAAUUAAUUAUUGU